AUGAUCAAAUCCCUCAAAAAGAGAGAUUCAUCACAUGACGUGAAGCUUCUGUAAUCAAGAUUCUAGAAGCUGAAGGUCAUUGAUGCCACUAAUCAACAAAAACACAAAAACCAUUAAGAGAUUAGCUAGAUCAGGGGAGACUCCCAGAUCGAAAACCUACAACCUAAUAAAUAGCAUUUGAAGUCAUAAGGAAAUAGCAGGUAUAAUCCUAGCAACAGAGGAAGUAAUUGCGGAUCAAUAGAACACCAAACAAUCGACGUGAAGCGUCACUCAAUCGGAAGAGGAAGAAUCACGACCCAUUCUAGAAUGGUGUCCUAGGACUUUAGCAAAAAGAGCACAAAGCAUUCAACUAUUACGACCUCAUCAGCAGACAAGAAUAGAGGGUCAAUCGCAAGUUUCGGAGCGAGGUCGAGGCCUAACUCCCAGAAACGAAGCAUACUGUGCUAAGACUACAUAGAGGUGGUGUCUAGUCACCUGAAGAAGACCGAGAGAAAGCACAAGAUCAGUCACUAGCACCUUAAGAACCAUAAAAUAACUGGAGUAUACAGAGCGAAGAUGGUCGACUGGAUGGUCGAAGUGCUGACUGCAUUCAAAUGCUCUGAUCAGACAUUCUUUCUGGCAACCAAUAUUAUGGACAGGUACUUCAACAGACUCAACGAGCUUUGUGAGAUCGACAGUCUCUCCAAUCACUCAAUUGAACUGCCAGAGCUGCACAUAACUGGAGUGGUCUGCAUGUUCAUGGCUUCUAAGUUUGAGGAUAUAUUCCCUCUGUUGAUGAAAACAGUUGUAAAGAAGAUCGGACAUGACAAAAUUACCGACGAGCAAAUUAGAACUAAAGAAUAAGAUAUUUUUAAGGCUAUUGACUUUAACCUUGGAGCGAUGCCAACAAUCCACGAGUUCUUGAACACCUAUAUCCACUAAGUCUUCGAAGAGCACGAGGAAAAGGACUUCAUUUCAAAGAUGUCUGUGUACUUGGGGAAGAUGUGCCUCCACCAUGAAAAGCUUUGCUACAAAAAAUCUUCUUAACUGGCGAGUUCCUGCAUCUACGUAGCCCUCAAGAUUUGCGAGCAGAUGCGCAAGAAGACCAUCUUCACCACCCAGAUCCUCGCGGACCUUCUAAGCACCUCCGGCGUCGAGGAGGAAAAACUGAUACGCCUCUCCAAGAAGGUCCUCUACCUGGCUCAAAACUUCGAGAAGGAACUCCCUGGUCUCUUCAAUCUCAGAGAAAUCUACAUCCCCCAACUCAACUAAUUCGUUCAAGCCAAAGAAUGA